GCGCUCUUUCUCCCCCAGUCCUCCCCCAUUUCUCUAUUCCCAUUUCGAUACUUGCAUUGCAGCCCAGCCCAGCCAGCUCGUCUCCCACCUCCACCCCACCCCACCCGAUCCGCGCCGUCCCCCGUCCAGCCCCGCCCCGCCCAGCGCGCCGCCGCGUCUCGCAUUCGCGGCAACCUCUCCCGCCGCCACCCUUCUGAUCCGCGCUGGGCCACCCUUCGGAGCUUAGUGUUGCCUCAGCCUCGACCCCAUCCCUCGCCGCCCCCGCCCCCGCCCCCGCCCUGAUCUCGGUUCCUCCGUCCGCGAUCCGUCCUUUGCCGGCCAGGCAAUUUGAUUUCAGUUCCUGAAUGCUGCUACCUCCACAGACCUCUCUUCGUGCUGUUGGUCCUUGCGGAUUGCGCGCUGUCAGGUCUGGAUACUGCGGGCGGUGCAGCAGAGUAUCCUCCGUUCUUCCUCGUCCAGCCCCAAAGAUUUCGCGGGCAAUUGGGUGUUCUGGGGUCGCUGGUGUAUAUCUUGUUAUUUUGGCUCUACAAAGUCUGGACGGCCGGGAGAAUCCCCUUCUAGUGACGGGAUGACGGCAUCAAUUCUUGUGAUGCUUAGUGGCUAGGCCUAGGACACCAUCACUACUGCUUACUCUUGUUUAGUACUUUAGUUGACCGUGAGCCCUUUCCCUUUCGCGUGCUGUAUCAGUUGAUUAGCCUGUGGUUGUUGCCUUGUUGGGGAGAUCACGAGUUUUUCUUGCCUCUUGUUGUCUAUCCGUAGUAGGUGUUGUUGCAGUUUGCUUCAUUGGCACCCCUUAUAAGUGUUCGUCAAUCACAUUUGCGUAGAGCUCUUUACCUCACUAGGAUAAACAAGGUUUCGCCAAUUGUUUUAGACCAGUUGGGCUAAAAUAAAGGUAGAUUGUGUUGGAUAUUUUCCGGUAGGUUAUUGUGGGUUCGUGAUGUCUUGCACCUCCCCAGAUCCACCAGACUACUGCUCGGCCGAAUCACCCGAGCUCAAGCUGUACCAGGCCUUCAUCUUCUCAGUCCCUGUCUUCUUUACAUUUGUCUUGCUCCUCUUCUUCUACCUGUUCUACCUGAGGCGGCGCAGGGCCAAUUGGCAGUCCUUGAGGAUGAGGACAAAUAAUUUGAUACGGGGAGAUAACCCUAGGCUGGAGUGUGGUUUGAAGAAGGAGAUGCGGGAAAUGUUACCAGUGGUUAUCUAUAAAGAGAGUUUCUUGAUCAGGGAGACACAGUGCUCAGUCUGCCUAGCAGACUAUCAACCAGAUGAGCGGCUUCAGCGAAUACCUCCUUGUGGCCAUACUUUCCAUAUUAAUUGUAUCGACCACUGGCUCUCUAAAAACACAACCUGCCCCCUCUGUCGAGUCUCGCUCCUUCCAGCCCCCAAAGCAACCAGCAUUAAUCCGGAUUUGGAAGCACAAACUGUAGAGGAAUCUCUGAAUGUACACCAUCAAGAGGACCUUUCCGACGGUAACACAUCACAGGAAGAUCAGACAGCCGAAGGUGGUGGAGCCGGUGGUGGUCAGGCCGAAGAACCACAUAGUGAUGCUGUCGAGCUGACUGUCAGGGUGGUCGCUGAGCCUCAAGCUGACACGGAAGGGUCACCAAGCACAACCUGCCAACCAGACAAAGCAAAGAAAUAAAGGCGGUCGUUGAUAUAUUUCUUGUAAGUUGUAACAUUGUAUGUUUAGCUGAUCAGGAAGGAUAUACACAUAAAGAUCACCAUUGAUGUUGUAAUACAUGUCUACCAGGAAAAAAGGGGAAAAAUUCAGUGCUGGAGAAAUAUUUAUCGGUACAUAAUUAACAUAACCGAUACAGUACCA